UAAAAAAGAAGAGAUAGCCAUAAGCUGUAGCUAGAGAAAAAUUAUAACUAAUCAUCUCAAACUAUUGUUUAAAAAAAAUAUUUUGUAAUAAAUUAUGCUGUUAUUUUAUUAUUGUCGUCGUUGUCGUUGUGAAACCAUGAUCCCUGCUCUCCCAUGAAAGAGGUUAAAUCCUGAAAAAUGUCUUCCUUCCAUUUUGAGCUGGAUACACCCCUGGUCAUUAAUUCAAUGUAAACUUCAAAUAAUACAAAAACUUCAACAGAAACACUGCAGAAUAUUGGACACACUCUUAUACUUCUUUCUGAAUAAAACCAUUUAAAAAAUUUUUCAACUCAGCUCUGUAAUUUCAGAUUUUAUACUCCGUAUCAGUAAGAGGAUGUCGUAGAUCAAUUUAGUACGUAAAUGCACAUGAAUGUUUAAAUUUUAUUUCUCUUGUGAUAAAUUGAACCAGAGCCAACAAGCUUAUAAAAUAUUGUUUUAGUAUGUAUCCUUUUAGUUGAGUUGUAAAAUAUAUAGCAGAUUGUUUUCCAUGUUUAGCCCUCCCAUGUGGUGUGCAGAGCAUUAAUUACCACCUUAGGUUAGAAUUUAUUUUAAGCAUGUUGUAUUAUUUUGUAAUUAUUUAUGCUGAUAUUGAUAAACAAACUAAUGCAGUAUUUAAACGCAGCUAUCUAAAACUAAAGCAGCACACAAAUUAUGUUUGAUUCCAGUAAUUAAUUUUUUUUUUUUUAUCUGUAAAAAUGGCUCAGUCAAUAGUAUGUGGACUAAACUAGAGUCAAGCUCAUUUUAAAAUAAAUUUUUGUUCUAUUGUCUGAGUUUUUACAGAAUUUACUUCCCAUAGUUGUUAUUUCUAUUAUUUUAAUGGUCUGUUUUGGGGUUAAUAAUUUUCUGUUACUUUUUUUCUUCAGAUUGAAACAUAAUGUAGUAAACUUAACAACAUUUCACCAGAGCAAUCAAGUGUGAAUAUGUGCCUUGGGACUGUUUAAAUGUUUCAAGAACUCCUUGGCAACCACUAGAAAGACAGAAAAAUGUUAUUUUGUGUUCAGGGACUGUAAUUUGAACCAAAAAAUUCUGUUUGCAUGCACUAGAGCUGUCGAAAACUGUACUGCGAAGUCCUGUCACAUUGUCAAACUUUGUGUCUCAGGUCAUCCAGAAUGUGAUUGUUAUAGUAUAGAUUUUCGGAACUGUAAUUUGGUGUCAUUAUAAAACAAUAAUUUAUAUUUUUAUUACUUUUCCUUGGCAUACUGAAUUUUGCACCUUUUGAGAAUCAAUUUUUUAUUUUGAGUUCAGCUAACUUAAACAUUUUUCUAUUUGAAAUUUGGCAUCGCAGAGUAUCGCCAGUCAUCAACAAUUUUUUUUUGUCAUCAUCAUUAUUUAAGGUUCUCAGUGCGACUAAAUGACACGAGAUAAACUUUAAAAGGUCAGCCGAGGUCACGACAUGUCAGGUUCACCAGCGUAAACAAGAUUAUUAUUUCAGCUGUUUUUGAGUGAGCAGGAUUAUUGUUGGAGAAUUCCAAGGAACUUCAUAAACACAUUAGUGCUGUGGAAAAUGCCGUUGGCUUGAAAUAACUUGUAUUGCGAGGUUUUAUUUUUCUUGCUUCCAACAGAAAGGGUGAACUGGUAUCUUGGAGAAGUCAUGAGGUAAGAAGACUUCCUCCACAUCAAGAGCAAUGACUAUCCUGUGCGUCGGGGUGGCAUGCCUGGACAUCAUCCACCUGUGCGACUCGUACCCUGUCGAGGACUCCAAGAACAGGAGCUCGGAGGUGUGCAUACGGCGAGGGGGCAACGCCUCCAACAGCUGCACGGUGCUCUCCAUGCUGGGCGCGCCGUGCGAGUUCCUGGGCACCAUCGGCUGCAAAAACGCCAGGUUCAUGGUGGACGACUUCGCGGAGCACGGGAUCUCGCUGGAGCACGCUGUCAUCCACGAGGACCUAGAGUCGUACAUGGCCACGCUCAUCAUCAACAUCAGCACGGGCUCCCGGACUGCCCUGUACUGCCCCCGGGAUGUGCCCGAGCUGUCCUUCGGCGAGUUCUGCCGGGUGGACCUCGCCCGCUACUCCUGGGUCCACUUCGAGGGUCGAAACACCGAUGAAGUUGCCCGUAUGAUGGAGCAUGCAGUCCGCUGGAAUUCGUCUCAUGGACAGAGUUUGAAAAUUUCCAUCGAGCUGGAGAUCCCGAGCAACAGCGUAAAUCUUUUGGCCAUGUCACCCAUGGCCGAUUGUGUGUUUGUUGGCAAAGAUUUUGCUAUCUCCAACGGCUGGGGCGACAUGCACAAAACGCUGGAAGCCAUGACGAGAUACACAAAACCUGGGGCCACGGUGGUAGUGCCGUGGGGGGAGCUCGGGGCGGCGGGAAGAGGCGUGGGCGGGGCAGUGGUGGUGACCCCAGCCUUCCCUCCCCCGCGUGUGGUGGACACCGUGGGCGCGGGAGACACGUUCAUCGCAGCGACCAUCUUCGGCCUGGGCUCAGGGCGCUCCCUCCAUGACAGCAUCGCUCUGGGCUGCCGCGUCGCCGGGGCCAAGGUCGGUGCGUACGGGAUGGCCCAUCUCCGGCCGGUGUGCCGACAGCUGAGCGACCAGUGCCGCUGAGAUCUGCACUUGCUACGUCUUCAAUAAAGAAAUGUUUAUUUCA